GUCUCGAUCAUCACUAUUGGAAACUCAGAGUAUCGUAAGAAAUCACAACGUUUACGGCAGCACUCGCGCAGUAGAUGAUGAUGCUAUGACUGUACGAAAACCGGAGAAGAUGCCGAAAAAAAAGGAAAUACCAAAGAAGAAAAAGCACAAAAAAUCWUUGCAAGACGAAGAGUUGAUUCGAUUGGCCCUUCAUCGGAAUCCAUACUUCACGUGUUUGGAUGAAGAACAAAUCCAACGUUUUGUUGAUGAAGCCGAGUUGGUGGAUGAUUUUCGGCCGGGACAAGCCGUCAUUGUAGAGGGUCCCUCCCGGCCUGUCCGAAGACCAGGUAAGACGCGACUGAGGAAAAUGAAAACCAACAUGGCAGACGUYCAUGGCGACGAUUAUUUCGACGAGCACGAUGGUGGUCGUGGUGGUAGCAGAGUCAUUGGCGUUGGUAACAGUCCUGCYGAUGUUGACGACCCUUGGUGGAUAGAGGAAGACGAUGAUACUGAAUACGGCAACUACCAAAGCAACGACAAUGAAAAGAAGCAYUACGAGGAUGCUGCUGCUAGCAGAUCCUCMUAUCUGUACAUCAUUCGAAAAGGAAAGGCCGACAUCUUUUAUGAGACCAUCAACCCGGCGACGCUGGGACCUUCGAGAAUGUUUGGUGAGGGUGGAUUCUUGUUCGGGAGGAACCACUCUGCGUCAGUGGUUGCUGCAACAGAUCAACUCGAAUGUUUUCGCAUUGAUCGGCACACUUUUGUGAACAAGAUCUUACCAAGUCAAAAUAUGAAACGACUAUAUCGCAAAUAUUCUUCGAUGACGUCGGGWGCGUCGACAUCUCCUUCGACUCCUACAUUGGAUACAGUUGAAUUCCUACCCGAUGAGAAGAAAGAGACUGGAAUCGAACGAUUGGUCGACGGUAAUAGAAAUAUGCGAAAAAAGAAGACGAAAGAGGAGGAUAAAGAUGGGGAAGAAAAAUUCGUAAUGACAAUGGACGAUUUCCUAGAAUUCUUCAAGAAAGAACGAGAUGAAACUUCAACGUCAUCUUCAAAUUCCUCGUCGUCAUCUUCCUUGAGCAACCCAUCUCUGUCACCCAUUGCGAAUGCUUACCAGAGCAUUUUGAGGGGGACCUCUUCGACCUAUCACGACGAAAAGAAUCACAUCGCCUUGGAAGAUUUUUGUUUCUUCCACUUCCUCAUGGCRCGUCCCGAUCCAGAAAUCGACAUUGCUUUCAUCUUGAUGGAUCGUUCUAGGUCGGGCACUAUCACGCGGAGGGAUUUUGAACGAUACCUGGAAACGAGUGUUCCCCACUUUGCCCCCAACAGUGAAUUCCUCGAGCGACAUUUUGGCAAUGGUCGYGUCAUACGGUCUCACCAGUUUUCGCAAUUUCUGCAUGACUUGCAGCGUGAACUGGGGCGGCAGGCAUUUUUGUAUCGUGCGAAGGAACUAGCGAAGGAAAAGCAGCAGUGUCUCRAGAGCAGUAAGGAUUCUACAACUGUUAACAUGGCAGAUCCACACAUUGGAUAUCUACCAGCUGAAAUCUUUAUUGAGGUACUGAMGGCAACCUCGAGUUGGAGACUUCCGGAUGGUAUCAUCGAUCGGCUUGAAUCUUUGUAUUGUAAACCUUCAAUUGAUUCUGCUGAAUCAACAGCGCUAGCCUCGGUUCGGGCUGGAACCAUCAAGGGAGAUUCUCCUAAACAGGUUGCGGAAUAUUCUAGGAGGUCUGUCUUGGCCGAUCUAGAACGGAGGCGGAACAAGCUCGGAACCCGGAAUUUUGCAUACGUGGACUUUAUCGCCUUUCAAGAUCUAUUGGUCCAGCUGCCGGCCAUCUGCAAUCUGAUCGAGAGGUCYUGUCAGAUAAAAAAAGGCCCGAUCUCGCAAGACGAUUUCAAGGUGGCAAAUCGUGUCCUAGGAAUCGGGGGUCGAUUGAGUCGCCAGCAGGUGAACAUAAUUUUUGAAUUAUUUGACUUAGACCACGAUGGUUACCUUUCAAACGAGGACGCGAUCAGCGUAUGCGGACUGGAGAUUGGGAGCAACGUUUUGGAAGCCGUGAAAGGACGAGACGGAAAGGCCACUUUUGCACCACCCCCGAACUAUCCCCAAAACUURUCAUUAAACGACAGUGGAGGUUAUGGAUACAACGACGACGAGAAACGAUGGGAAAAUAUGUCUACGGAAGAAUGGAUGAUGAGCCACUCGAUCCAGUUYUUUCUCUCGAGCAUCGCCGGCGGAUUUGGAAUCUUCACGGUGUACCCUUUGGAUUUGAUMAAAACCCGCAUGAUGAACCAACGAGCCCCUUCGGUAGACGGCAAGAGACUCUAUUACACCUCUCUAGAUUGCCUGCAAAAAGUAAUCCGAUACGAAGGCUUUCAGGGUCUAUACCGUGGCCUACUUCCUCCGUUGUUAGCGGCAGGACCCGAAAAAUUUGUCAAGAUCACCGUAAACGACAUGCUGAGGGGGGUGUUGUCUAAGGACAAUGGUUCCUCUACGCAGUGGCUGACGGAGAUUGUCAGUGGCGGCUGUGCCGGUGCAUGCCAAUUGCUGGUCACCAAUCCACUCGAGAUCGUGAAGAUCCGGAUGCAACUCCAGGGAGAAACAUCCAUGAUAUACAAACGCAAGGGAUUUGAAGUUCCUAGGGGUCUAGGUUUGCACUAUAUGUCCUUUACCCAGAUUAUCCAGGACUUUGGAACGACCGGUUUGUACAAGGGAGCCGCCGCUUGCCUAAUGCGAGACAUUCCUUUCGGAGCAAUCUAUUUCCCCGCCUACGCCGCUUGCAUGGACUACCUCGUCAACCGAGAUGGUUCCGCCGGUGCCUCAUCCAGCAGCAUCCUGAUUUCGGGAACGCUUGCGGCCAUUCCUGCAUCCCUGCUCACCAAUCCUAUGGACCUCGUCAAAACCCGGCUGCAGGUGGCGAGCCGACCAGGCGAAGAACGCUACAGCGGGAUUGGCGACUGCAUCCGCAAGGUCUACAAAACGGAAGGCCMCUGGGCCUUUUUCAAGGGCUCAUUUCCCCGGGUUGCACGGAUCGCGCCCCAAUUUGGAUUGUCCCUUUUUGCGUACGAAAAGCUGUCGCAGCUUAUYGGCUUUCGGGGAAUCGCUCCACCGACCAAUGCCCCCGUAAACCCACGCGACUAUCGAACGGCUUUUUCUAGCGUGUCGAGCGGGAUCGAAUCGAAGGCCAUUGAUGCGGAAAGCCUGAUCGAAAACAUUGGAUUGUUCAAACCGCCACGAUGAGAACGAUAGAAAAUAGAAACCAUUGGUUGGCAGUCACGUUCAAAUCCACUCGCUUUCCCAAAACCUUUGGUAUGAGCUCUGUUAGUAAUAACAUUUAUAAAGCCGA